AAAUAUGUAGACACACAGUUUUGCGUGUGAAUUACAAACUGAGAUUCAAAUAGCCCAACACACACACACAAACCCAUUCGCUUCUGUUCUCCCCUAUAGACGACUAUAGUCAAAUAGGGAACCAACGCAGACGAGAGAGAGCACAGAGAGUGGCCAGAUCUUUUGGCGCCUUUCCCUUCCUUUCCACUUUCUCCCACAGAUUCUCCACCUUUUCUUCUCACACACGCUUCAAUGGCCUCCGUACAGCAGUUAUCUGCAAUUAAGGAUGCCAAAGUGCUUAUGGUCGGUGCUGGUGGUAUCGGUUGCGAGCUUCUCAAAACCCUAGCUCUUUCAGGUUUUCAGGAUAUUCAUAUCAUUGAUAUGGACACAAUAGAAGUGAGCAACCUAAAUAGGCAAUUCUUAUUUCGCCAAUCACAUGUGGGUCAAUCCAAGGCAAAAGUAGCUCGUGAUGCUGUGCUAAGAUUUAGGCCUAAGAUUAACAUUAAAUCUUAUCAUGCUAAUGUCAAAGACUCCAACUUCAAUGUUGACUUCUUCAAGCAAUUCAGUGUAGUUCUAAACGGGCUUGACAACUUAGAUGCUAGACGUCAUGUGAACCGCCUCUGCUUGGCGGCUGAUGUUCCUCUGGUGGAAAGUGGUACUACUGGCUUUUUGGGUCAGGUGACUGUGCACAUUAAGGGUAAGACAGAGUGCUAUGAAUGCCAACCUAAACCAGCUCCAAAGACAUAUCCUGUGUGUACUAUUACGAGUACUCCAUCAAAGUUUGUUCAUUGUAUUGUAUGGGCAAAAGACCUGCUAUUUGCAAAGCUUUUUGGAGAUAAAAACCAAGAUAACGAUCUCAACGUGCGUUCUAACGACACUGCCACCUCAUCAGAACAUUCAGAAGAUAUUUUCGAACCUAGAAAAGAUGAAGACAUCCAACAGUACGCAAACAGAAUUUACGAUCAUGUUUUUGGUCACAAUAUUCAAACCGCCUUGUCCAAUGAGGAAACAUGGAAAAACCGCAACAAACCUAGGCCUAUCUAUGUUAAGGAUGUUUUGUCUGAUGAACCAAUUCAACAGAACGGAAAUGUAGACAAAUUGUUGGCGAAUGAUAAUUUAUCUUCGUUGUCUGCAAUGGCGUAUUUGGGUUUGAAGAAUCCGCAAGAUAUUUGGAGCCUUAAGGAGAAUUCUAGGGUUUUCUUUGCUGCACUGAAGUUGUUCUUUUCCAAGAGGCAGAAGGAGAUUGGGAACUUGACCUUUGACAAGGAUGACCCGCUAGCUGUAGAAUUUGUGACUGCUGCUGCAAACAUUCGAGCAGCUUCGUUUAACAUUCCCUUGCAUAGUCUUUUUGAAGCUAAGGGUAUUGCUGGAAAUAUAGUUCAUGCAGUUGCGACGACAAAUGCUAUUAUUGCAGGAUUGAUUGUCAUAGAAGCAAUCAAGGUGCUGCAAAAUGAUGCAAAGAAUUGUCGAAUGACGUAUUGUCUUCAGCAUCCAUCAAGGAAGAUGCUUCUUAUGCCUGUAGAGCCGUUUGAGCCGAAUAAAUCCUGCUAUGUUUGUUCUGAGACACCAUUAUUGCUUGAAGUGAAUACCAACCGUGCAAAGCUGAGGGAUCUGGUGGAGAAAGUUGUUACGUCAAAACUUGGUAUGAGUUUGCCUUUAAUCGCUCACGGGUCAGGUCUUCUUUAUGAAGUUGGUGAUGAUUUGGGAAAAGAUGAAGUCGCUAAUUACGAAGCAAAUCUUGAAAAGGUGUUAUCUGAGCUUCCAUAUGCAAUCACCGGGGGGACAAUUAUUACCGUUGAGGAUCUUCAACAAGAGCUAGUAUGCAACAUCAAUAUCAAGCACAGGGAAGAAUUUGAUGAAGAAAAGGAACCCGACGGUAUGGUUCUUCACGGAUGGACACCGGCUCCUGCAGCGGAAAACAAUAAGGAAGCUACCGACAAUAAUGGUGCCAGCACAUCAUCGACAUCCAAGCCAGCAUCUGCUGAUGUCAUGGAAGCCGAUGAUGAGCUGUCAAUAGUAGAACCAGGAGUUGAAACACUUCCUGCAGGUGGAAAGAAAAGAAAACUGUCUGAUGUCCCGAAUUCCGAAGCGCCAAUUGAUGAAAAACGGGCUAAAAAAAUACCUGAGAAAAACGAUGGUGAUGAUGUCAUCGUUAUGCUUGAUGACGGGAAUGAUGAUGACAUCACUGCCAGUUAAACAGUAGUUUGAUCUUUUGAUACCCUAAUUUAUGUCAUUGUGGAGCCACCGGUCAAACUUUUUGUUUCGGUUGUCAGUAUAACGGCUCAAUAUCAGGUAAAGGUUCCAUUUUUUUUUCGGUUUUUGACUCGUUUUUAUUGCUAGUUUUAUGCGUAUGAAACUAAGGAUUUGGUUUUGGUGUAAGUAGAACCGAACCGAACCGAACAUGAAGGCUGUAACAACAGAGACUUUUUUUCUUAAACUUUUUCUUAAAAACUAGUGUGAUUAAAUCCUGACCGUUGGUUAGUGUUUCUAUACUUUUGUUGCUGUUGAGUUUCAGUCAGUGAGAAGAGAAAGAAACAGGUAACUUAGGCUAGCAAGGCGUUAUCUUUUUGAAACUAGUGUUUAUGUUAAAUGAUGCAUGUAUUUUAUGACAUUUGGUGUGAAUUUAUAGUUAAUCUUGUAAUUCGUUUUAUCGAUUUAAA